AUGCCGACUACGAGAAGCCAAGCCCCGGGAGCAGAGAAAAAGACCACGCGGGAAAAUGAACAGACAGAAGCGUCCCCUUCAGAAACCACGCAGAUGUCCGCGUCCGCCGCGCCGUCGAGCGCGCCACAGGCACAAGCCGCCCGCGCCGCGUUUACCUCGGACUCCGCACCGGCGCCACCGUCGCAGCCGCCGACGACAGAUGUACGUCCGGCCCGGGCCGCGUCGGUGCGAUCGCGCCGCUCUACCGCUAGCGGUAUAGCUAAAUUAAAGAGGCUGGAGUACGAGGCAGCGCUACAGAUGGCGAAAUUACAGGCUGAUUUAAUUAGAAAGAAGUUGGCAGCCGAUGUCGCCGCGGUACAUGAAGAGACCGAUAGAGAUAGCGUGUGCUCCGAGGAAGGUGCCGGCCUGCAACGUAUAACGGAUUGGUUUCAACGUACCGAAGUACGGGGGGAGCAGAGAAUUAAUUCCCCACCGCCUACGCAGAAAGAGCCAACAGAAAGGCAAGCUUCACCGCCGAGGACGCCGAAGCAAAGACGGAGGUCCCCCGCUCCUGAAGCCGGGAUGCAAGAAGGAUUCACCCGGUUGGCCAAAGCUAUUGAACGAGCUGUGGACGAACGAGCGGAUAGGGUAGCGCCGAGGCAAGCCCAAGAUCUCCCGAUCUUCAGCGGCGAAGCAAGUGAAUGGCUAGCGUUUAAGGCGGCCGUAGACCAGUCUACAAAGACGUACAGGAUCACACCAGCGGAGAACCUGGCCAGGCUGAGGGCCUGCUUACGUGGAAAAGCGAGAGAGACAGUCGCAGCGUUACUCGUAUCCGCUACAGAACCGUCGCAGAUCAUGAGGACGUUGGAGCAGCGGUACGGCCGGACAGAGGCCAUCAUCGACCGCGCCCUCAAAGAUCUGAGAAGGAUGCCGGUAAUAGGAACAUCGACAACAGAGGUGAUUGACUUCGCCAUUAAACUACAGAACAUCACCACCAUCGUCGCGGAUAUCGACAGGGGGGCGAGAUUCCUACAUAAUCCCGCGCUUGAGAGUGAAGUGUCAGAGAAGCUGACCCCUCACUUACAGGUCCACUGGUGUCACUACGCUGAAAAAAACAAGGAGGACACUAGACCUACGAUCAUCAAGAUGGCAGAGUUUUUAAUGAGCGAAGCCGAUCUCAUGACCCGACAUCUACGAAUAGCAUCACCAACGAGACGAACGAGCGCGCUACCCACGAAGCAGCCCCCGAAGCAACCCACUAGGCAACCCAUACCGAAAGCAACGAUGUCGGCACCUCGGCGACAGAUGACGGAUCGUGGCGCGGCCGUAUACGCCGCCGUAGAAAAGAGCGAACAGAGUACCGAAUGUCUCUGUUGCGGCGCCGCACACGUAACGCCGAAGUGUAAGAAGCUGAACGACAUGUCGUUAUCGGACAGAUGGGAGUGGGCGAAAACAAAUAAGAUGUGCUUCCAAUGCAUGAACAGCACGCACAGAAGGUUCAAGUGUAAGGCACGCAAAUGUGGUGUGAGAGAGUGUCGUAAGCCACACCACGCCCUGCUGCACCCCCCAGAAGAGCCGCCGAAGCGGCAAGAGGACACCGCGAUUACAGCCGCAGCACGCUUGCCAGAGAACAGCCAAGUGUUGUUAAAGGUGUGUCCCAUCAUCGUGAAAGGCAAGACGGGACGCGAAGUAGAGACGUACGCGAUGCUAGAUGAAGGCUCGACGGUUACACUCAUCGAUGCGGAGAUCGCAGAACAGAUCGGAGCCGAAGGUCCGACGCGAUCUCUGAGAAUUCAGGGAGCGGCCUCGAGCUGGCACGAAGCCUCAAGCCGAGUGGCUGAUGUCAUCAUCAGAGGGCGACACCAUACGGACGAAGAACACUCGGUGAGGGCGCGUACGAUCCGGGAUCUCACCCUAGGAACGCAGCGAGUGAACCCGGAAAUACUCGCGUACGGACACCUGCGACAACUCACUUGCGAGCAAGUGUGCUACGAAGAUGCCAGACCCAAGGUCUUGAUCGGGUCAGACAACUGGCAUCUGAUUGUUACGCGGAAGCUGCUCACAGGAAGGCACAAUCAACCCGCAGCGUCGCUGACACGACUGGGAUGGGUCAUCCACGGAACGGUACCCAGAAGUGUCGUGGAAGACGAGGAACAUGUCCUCCACGUGCGGUUGACACAGCGCAACGCCGAGCCAGACAUGCGGCAUAUAGAGGGCAUAAUAAAAGCGCAUUACGACAUCGACGCGUUGGGUAUAUCGUCGAAGAGAUUACCCAUUGCCAAGGAGGAGCGCGCCGUCGCCACAUUCAACCGCACAGCGACGAGAGUGGAUGGGCGAUACGUCGUAGGAUUGCCGUGGGAGAGAGAUAACGUCGCUCUACCUCCCAGCUACGACAUGGCAGCGAGCCGACUGAGGGGAAUAGAGCGGCGGAUGGAUCGCUCUACGGAAUUCCGGCUGGCGUAUACCGCGGAGAUAAACAAGUUGUUGGACAAGGGUUACGCCGAGAAAGUAACCGACGACCGGUUCAACAACGACCGCGCGUGGUACCUUCCCCAUUUCGGAGUGACGAAUCCGAAUAAACCCGGAAAACUGCGACUCGUAUUCGACGCCGCGGCCCGUUCGAAGGGAAUGUGCUUGAACGACGUACUGCUGGAUGGGCCAGAUAUGCUACGAUCGCUUAACGGUGUGUUAUACCGUUUCCGCGAGAAGCCCGUAGCUAUCACGGCGGACAUACGAGAGAUGUUCCUGCAGAUUAAGAUACGGGAAGAAGAUAGAGCAGCACAACACUCACCGUUCAUCGCACACAGCGUUCGAGACAGGAACGCGGCAGAGCACCGAGAGUCGCACCCGUCAGCGUACACCGCCAUAACAAGGAACCACUACAUGGACGACUGGGUCGAUAGCUUUGACUCCGAAGAGGAAGCAGCCCGCGCCAUACGAGAGGUAGUAGAGGUUCAUGGCGGGAUAGGAUUCACGCUGGCGGGUUGGAAUACAAACCGACCGAGCCUGCUAGAGAAUGUGAGUGAGGACCAGCGAGCGAGGACGCCGAAGGACCUGAGAUUGCCGCGAUGGUAUGGCACGAACGACAGCCAACGGUCGCAACUGCACGUAUUCACGGACGCAAGCGAACAGGCAUAUGCCACAGCCGCGUAUUGGAGGACGGAACGCGAGGAUCGUAGCGUUAACGUCGUCCUGGUAGCAGCCAAAGCGAGGGUAGCGCCCAUGAAAGCGCAGAUUAUACCCCGGAUGGAGCUUCAGGCGAGCCUGGUAGGACCCCGACUGGCCGCUGACGUACUGAAAGGACGUCGUCGCGCGGCCGAAGUCUUCCUAUGGACGGUCUCGAAGAAGACGCUACAUUGGACUAGGAACGACACCGCUCGAUACAAUCCACACGCGGCCCGCCGGAUGGCAGAAAGCGCCGAACAUACAGAACCAACACAGUGGCGCUGGGUACCGACCGCCCACGACGUAACUAACGACGCGACCCGCGCGAGAUAUACAAUACGGACCGCCGCCGACAGAUCCGUCGGGCCGGCGCUUGUAUACGCUCCAGAGAAAGAACGACCCAAGGAAAGCAAGCCCGUCCCUGCAGAGACAGUAGCCCGUGCCCGGGCGAAGGCAAAGCCCGUAAUGGACAGAAUGCGGUUCUCCUCAUAUGACCGAGUGAGGAGGACCCCGGCACAGGUGCUGCUGCUCGCAGAAGAAUACAGGCGACGGGCAUGGAAGCUGGGCCGGGAGCGCCCCGCCGAAGCGGGGAAAUGGGUCAAGUGGCGUUGCGGUGAACGCGGACGGACGGACGAACGCGAGGGAAUUUUUCGAAGGCCGACCCGAAGGCUGGUGGUCCUCCCUAGGGAUAAGGGCUGCGAAGAUCUGCGCCGGGGGGAGGCUGUUGCGGACCACGAGUACGCGUGCGGUGACGUCGUAGGCGCAAGGCAAAGUGAAAGGUGUCCCGGCCUAGCGGCUGUCAAUAGCUCAUCUUCGAUAGCGCUCGAACAUCCUCCUCGGGUUGAAGUAUUCAAGAAACAGGAAGAGGGCAGAGGUUGUUGA